AUGAGUCUUUACUCCACCAAACCAGCGCAUCUAUGUUUGUUGCUCGAGGACAUUAUGCUCCUUUAUCGUGAAGAAACCACAACAUUGUUACAUCGUUACAUCCGUGCCCGGUGUAGACGGGAGAGGAGUCAGAUUGUUGAGCACGCUUGGCGACACAGCGUGCUCAACAAGAUCCCUGCACAGUUGAAGUACUUAGACCGGCUACUGCAUGUCACAAAUUCUGCCUGUGUAUCCAAUCUAGGCAUGGACCGUAACACGUUUGGUGGAACUGUAUCGUAUUAUGUGCAUAAGGUACUUGCUGCUGUAAUUAGCCUUUAUCCCGUGUUCCUUGCGAAGUCGGCACCCGUUCCGGAUGAUUGCACCGACCAUUGUUGGCAGUGGUUUAAGGGUUGUCUCGGCGCGCUGGACGACACCCAUAUUAGUGUCUUAGUUCCGAAUGAUGACAAACCACGGUAUAGGACGAGGAAAGGGCAAAUAGCAACUAAUGUGCUAGCUGUGUGUGAUCGUCAAAUGCAAUUUGUGUACUUGCUCCCUGGCUGGGAAGGCUCUGCAGGAGACUCCCGCGUCCUCAGGGAUGCAGUUUCACAUGCCGGUGGGCUAAAAGUACCUCAAGGUUGUUAUUACCUUUGCGAUAAUGCUUAUACAAAUUGCAAUGGGUUCCUCACACCAUUCAAGGCAGUACGCUAUCAUCUCAAGGAGUGGGGUCCUGGCACCGAGAGUCCCCAAACCCCGAAGGAAUUAUUCAACAUGCGGCAUACAAAAGCUCGAAAUGUGAUUGAACGCGCAUUUAGAGUUUUGAAAAUGCGGUGGGGCAUUCUAAGGAGCGCUUCAUUUUAUCCUAUAAAAACGCAAAUCCAUCUAAUCAUGGCAUGUUUCUUACUCCAUAAUUUCAUUCGACGUGAAAUGGAGGUGGAUCCGGUGGAACUUGAGCUAGACACAAACAUGAACAUAACGAACAUGGAGGAAGAUAACGUUGGUGGGGAGUAUGUUGACUGUGUUGAGCCGUCUUCCGAUUGGACUCAGUUCAGAGAUAGUGUAUCACUCAACAUGUGGAAUAACAGAUGA